ACUAUGUUAGUGUUUGGUGAGAAGAAAAAAAAACAUUGCUCCCAACCGACAAAAAAAGAAAAAACAAUAAUAGAUAGUAUUUGGUGUAAAAAUGUACAGUAAUUUAGAUCGUUGUCCCGGCCUAUAUUGUGGUAGGUCGCUGCAAGAAAAUGGAACUUGGAGCAAUUGUGGUGUUUGCCCUCGAGGAACACGGGUAAAUGCAAGCUUCGCUUGUACGCCCUGUCGAGACGAAUUGACUUCCUACUCGUGGCUGUAUCUAUGCUUUAUGUCAAUGCUACCCUUCAUGAUGCACUGUUUUUUUAUCGACAUGGAUGCCAAAGAUCGCAAAUUUUCACGCAAACAGCUAAUCCUAACGGCCAGCGCGUUUUUCGAGGUGGCACUCUCCGCCCUAAUGGCUAUCCUGUUCAUGGAGCCAAUGUGGGAGCUGAGUUUGUAUGCGUGCGAGGUGCGCAAGCUCACGGACUGGUACACAUUGUUUUACAAUCCCAAUCCCAACUAUGAGACCACGUAUCAUUGCACACAGGAGGCUGUCUAUCCUUUACAAACAAUUGUGUUGGUGUAUUAUUUCUUGUGUUUGCUGAAUAUGUUUCUCAUCCGACCCAUUGUCAGCUCAACGUUCGAUGUCCGAAGCAAGGCGCCUAUUUAUUCAGCUCUCUACUUUAUGCCAUUGCUGACACUAAUUCAUGGCACCUGUUGUGGACUUAUUUAUUAUUCGUUUCCCUAUUUAAGCAUAGCUAUGUCCAUGGUAGCCAACGCUAUACACUACUCCUUAAAACUGGAUCAAACACAGAAGGCGUUACUUCUAUCAUCUGUAUGGGAUGUGAAGAAUGCUGUAAUAAUUACUGUACACUGGCUGCUGCUUGCCUUUGGCAUCUGCUCGCUGAAUUAUCAUUAUGCUUUGCUCUGUCUCGUGCCGUUUCCAUCCAUGUUCUAUAUAAUGACCGUUCACUUUACUGAUCCCGGCGAGUUUCGGGAAAUGGAGUCGCGUAUUUGAUCCGGAAACGUGCAAAUGCAAAUCUUCCACACGACGAGCACAAGACGUUCCACAGUUGUUAUCUAUGUGUAAUUAGUAUGUUUAAAUUAUUUGUAAUGAGUUCAUAUGUACAUUUAAACCAUCAAUAAUUCAUGUCGUCUUUUCGUUUUA